CAAAAAAUAUUUUUGAUCUAAAGCCGAUUUAAAAGGGUAAUUGACUUCAAAGUUCCGGGGAUCCUCGAGGUCCGGAUGCCUGGUGUUGAGUUUGCUGGGAGGAUAAAACCUUAUAGCGACGACAAUAAACUUACUUUUCCUUCAUAGACAUCACACCUUUUUUUUCGCGCUAUAAACAUAAACAUAUGUGCGGGCACACACAACGUGUUUGUCAAUGCGAUGGGGUUUCGCAAAUAUUUCAAUUCCCAACAAUCACUGUGAGCAUAUUGAACGUCGCUCUUCUCUUUUCUCAGUUGAUCAUGUCCACAACCACAACGAUGGCUCUUGUUCCAAGUCCAACCCUCGCCCGGGACUCCCUCCAGGAGCUCACCUCCCAAGCCCUCGACCUGGAAACGCACAUGGGCAAAAUAAGUCACAAGCGGCUCAGCAACACGAUUCCCACCGCGCUUAUCCGGAUGUCCCGAGCUUCCCUGGCCUACGGUUGGACACUCACACUCAUCACUCUCUGGCGCUUCAUCACCGUGGCCGUCAUUCUUCCACUAUCAAUGCGAAUGGUAUCAUAUACACUAUACCAUGUCCUGCUGAAGCCAUACGGCCCCGUGGCUUUCGUAGUACGACUAUUCGUACCUGCUGUGCUGCUGUCCCUCCAGGCGACUAUUGUGGGCAAGACUUGCUGGGCCACUGUCCGUCCAUUGACGCCGUGGUUGAAGUCGGAUUCCAUGUCAUGGGAUUUGAUCUUGGUUCAUGUCGUGGCUGGGGUGGUGCGUAUUGUCUUGGAACUGGUGGUGCUUGUGGUAUCUGGCGGAUACUUAGCCAUCAUGACACUCGGCUAGGGCGUCUUCAACGCAUGGAAAGCGUACAAUCUUCGCUUUGCCGGGAUGUCUCCCAGGCGCAAUUGAUCGGGGGUGGCAGAAGCAGCCGGCAGAGUUUCCACAUUGGGGUGCCAUAAUGAGACGGCUUUUUUUUCUCCCCUAGGAAACGAAAGCGAUGCGCAGUACGGCGUACGGUGUACCACGAAACCAAAAAGGAGGCUGUAAUAUUGUACGAGGAUGAUUCAAUUAGUUUUGGGCUCUAUUCUUCAAACUGCGAGUGGACAAGGCUGUGGCGAAUAUGAGAUUUCUAAGAUAAUCAGAACUGGAGGGUGGCUAAUUUCAACCCCUAAGCUCGAUGUCACCUUUAUUAUGGCCUUCAAGCAGACCCAAUCAAAAUUUUGACGGAAAAGUCUCAGAUCAACCGUUUAUUUUCACCAGGCACGCAGGAAACAAUGGCUAUCACUCCCACUAUCGGCAAAACAUACAUAAUUUGUAAAAGGCGCCAAAUGUGUUUUUUAAUGUGAUUGGAUGUGGAAUAUUCAGUUCAAUUGAAG